AUGUCGUCCCCCUCCACCCCAUCCCGGCGGACGACACGCUCCGCCGCCAGUUCCCCAGAAAUCCUCACACCAGGACGAAAAAUCAAGGCAAUGCUAGCAGCCUUCGACAGCGACUCAGACUCAGAUAAUGCCGUAUCGCAUCCGCAACGAUCUAGCGCGGGCUUGGUGAAUGCGUUGACGAGCAAUUCUGCUUCCAAUUCGAACGCGAACCCUACGCGUCCCUUCGCUGUGGAUUGGGACCCCGCUGAGGAUGAUGAAGACGAGCAGGUUGUUAUGCCGCGAGGGCGUAUGGCUGCUCGGUUGAUGCAGGGUCUUGCUCGAACCAAGGACACAGAUACGUCUGCGGUGGAUAAUCUGGUGGAAACUGCGUUCGAGCGCGUGUCGAAGACGCUCCGGGCUGAGAAAAGUGUAGAUGGCGAUGGCGAUGAUGAUGAUGAUGAUGAUGAUGGUGAUCUUCCUGCGGCUGGUCCCAGGAGGAGGAUAAAGAGUGGGAAAAGGGCGUCGCCUGCUGCGGACGAAGCGCGUUCUCGCUCUCGUUCCUUUUCACCCCUGUUCAUGUCUUCGCCUACGAAACAGCAGAGUAACGAGAAUAAUGACGACGACGAUGAAGAAGAAGAAGAUGAUGAAGGGGCUGGUUCGGGAAAUGAAGACGUGCAGCCCAAGCGUAAUAGUCGCUUUCUUGCCCUGGUCGCUCAGAAGCGCAAGCAACGUGAAGAGAAGGAAAAGAUCGAGGCGGAAAAGAGAGCUGCAAGGGCAAAGGAACGCGAGAAGCUUAGCUCGGAUAUCAUUCCCGAUGGCGAGAGUGCAGAUGAGCGUAGCGAGGGUCGACGACUCACACAGGAGUCGCGGCCUGCACGCAAGGCUAGCAAAAAGGCCCUGGAGGAAAUGAACCGCGAGACGCAGCGGAUGAGUCGAAACAUGGAGCUGACGCACAAGAUGGAGACCAAGAAGAAGAUUACGAAGGAGAGCUUCUUUGCUCGCUUUAAUUUCAUGCAGCCCGCGGAGCAGCCCGAGGAGAACUCGUCCACAACGGCAGAUUCGCAAAAUUCUUCGGAUAUCGAGGCACGGAAAGGCAAGGAAACACCGCAUACAUCGCCGAUCAUGGGGCCAGCCUUGAAGCCCACGACCGACGUUGCAGACAACUCUACCCAGGAAGCCGAGGUGGAAUUCCCUUCCCUGGACCAGAUGAUGAAUGGUCAGGGACUGGUGGAUGAAUCGAUUUUGGGGAUCAUGGAAGAACAGGUAGUUAGCACAGAAGUUUCUCUGGUGAAAAAAGUCCAGAUGCCCUUGCGAUCUGCUCCCGUGCGUGUUCGGCUUUCCCGACAACAGGUGGCUCAGCACCAGCAAGACGACUCCGACAGCGAUUUAGAGAUCGUCACAUCUCCUGCCAAGUGCCGACGUAUUGCAGCCUUCGAAAACCUCCCCGUCAGAAAUGUCCAGGAACCGCCAUCCAUGUUUAAGCUGAAGGCCUUGGCACAACUGAGGUCUCCUACUCGCAAGUCUACGAUGAACUCGGCGGAACUAUCCGCACAUCUACUGUAUCAAGCGAAACAGCAAGCGGCCCAGGAAAGGAAGGAAAGGAUCGAAGAGCUCAGAGCGAGAGGUAUCGUUGUGGAAACCUCUGCAGAACGCGCGGCUCUGGAAGAUGAGAUUGAAAAUCUCGUGGAAAACGCACGACAGGAAGGCGAAGAAAUUGCCCGGAGAGAGCGGGAAGCAUCAAAGAGAGAAAACGGUGAGAAUGUGGAUCACGAUGACGAUGACGAUGAUAGUGAUUAUGAUUACUUCUCUGGCUCCGAAGAGGAGGAUGGUGACGUUGACGGGGAAGGAGAUGAAGAUGAGGACGACGACGACGACGACGACGAAGAAGAAGGCGAGGAUGUAGAUAAUGAGGAAACUGCCGAGGCUGAAGAAGGCCGCAAGGGUUUGAUUGACUCUGAAGCCGAUGAAGGUGACGAAUCGGACGGAUCUCAAGACGAGCAGAUGCUGGAGCCGUUGGUAGAGGAGACGAUUCAUCCCACCCAAAGGCGAAAACGACCCACGCGAGUCAUCAGCGACGACGAAGAUGAAGACGCAGCGCCCAGGACCCCUGCAAAGCCCAUUAACCCGUUCCUAAACUCAGUUGAGCGGCCUGUUAUACCCGUUCACCCCUCCAACGAUGGCAUGAUGAGCCUAACCCAGGCCUUUGCAGGCACCUUGGCUGGCAGCCAGGAUAUGACACAGGAAGCCACUGGCACCAUUCCCCAAUCGCUUCCUGAUCCGGUACCAAUGGGCACGCAUGAGGAUUCUGAUGCUCAGACUAUCAUUAAGGAUAGCCAGGAACAGCGCAGGGGCUCCACCGAUCUAUUCGUGGGAUACUCUCAGCCAGAACAUCGAAUUUCGGAGUCUCCUGCCCCUCGAAUGUCUCAGAUUCCGGAUCCAACCCAGGAUGCAGGCUUUGUACUGUCACCUUUCGACCCUAACAAGAGAUUUCUGGGCACCCCGCCAACCUCAACCAUUGAGACGGUGCUUAUAGACCAGGAAAAUUCCCCCAUCGCGUCGAGGAAACUGAAGAAUCUGAGACGCGGGAAGACCACUGACCUUUCGGUCAUUGAAGAACAAGAAGAGAGCGGGUUCGAGAUUGACGCCAGCGCGUUCGAUGUGAUGAGAAAGGCAGUUAAGAAAGCAAAGAACACCGCAGAGGCCUUUGAUCGAAAGACGAGCAAGGCAAAGGAUGUUGUCGAGGAAGCUGCCGAAGAAUCGGACGACGAAUAUGCCGGUCUUGGAGGCGUCAGUGACGAUGAAGGCAGUGAUGAGGAAGAUGCAUUUGACCGAGAAAUGAUCAAUGACAACAGCGGGGAAAAGGUUGACGCGAAGCAACUCGCUGCCCUGAAUGCACUUCAUCAGAGGAAUGCAGAUGAGAAGGAAGUAGCCAAACUGCUGAAGGAUAUCACUACCGGAGCACUCCGCAGACGUCGAGGAGCCGAGGACGAAUUUGACCUGGAUGAUUCGGACGAUGAGCUGCUCGCACGCCGACGAGAGAAACAGAGAGAGUUUGCUCGGAUGCGAAACGCGCUCCUCGCUGAUGGAAAGAUUGGCGAGAUCGCCGAAAACCCUAAGAAAGCAGCAUUCUUCAAGGCCAUCGAAGACCACGAUGACAACGAUGAUGUCGGUCUCGAUUUCCUAGGCUAUGAUCAAGCAGCUACUGCCCAGGAUGAUUCUUCAUCGCAGGAUGCUGGUCCGGGGCCAGAGGCGGAGGCCAGUGCCCCAGGGGAAAAUAAGAGAAAGCGACCUCUGGAACCCGCUGCCGAGGACGACGUCAAUAAGCGACCUCCACCGCAUCUCCGCCGAAAGCCUGCCAGCGCGAUGUCCAAAAGACCCGCAACCCUCGCGGAGAUCCGUGAAACGGUGUCCUUCCUGACUGAGCGACCCGAAUAUGACUCCUUCCAGGAGGACGUAUCUAUGGUCGACGGCGAAGGAGAGGAGGAAUACGCCGAUGAUGAUGAUGAUGGUGGUAAUGAUGAAGGUGAAGACGGCACACAGGAACCGUCCGUGACGAGUCGACACCGCGAGGGGUCCGCUGCCCCGAUCCAUCCUCGUCGCACCCGGGGACCGGUGGUGGACCGUCUUGCUUUGCUACGACAAGCAUCCUCAAAUUCCGCUACGUCGGCGUCUGCGAAUACUCGAUUUGCUUUCCAUACCGGCUCCGGUAGCGACAGGGCCGCAGCGGUUGGGUUCCGGCCACCAAUGUUGCGCAGGACUACAACGACCAGCUCUUCCUCCAGCUCCGCCACAUCUACCGCGGAUUCAUCCCGAGGCGUCUCGAAGGCCCCAGGUGCCUCCCUAGCUAAGAAGGGUUCCGUCAACUACUACACUGCGGCGCGUGAAGCAGAGCGCGAAAGGCAAUUGCGCACGCAGCAUCGCAACCGGGGAUCCAACAUCACCGCGUUGUUGAACAAGCAUGCAAGCAACCGGCUGGGAGCUUUAGGGGGGACGGGCCAAUGGGACUAG